AUGUAAAAUGUGACAAUGGAGAAAUAAAUUAACCUUUUGGAAAGAGAUAUCCAAUAAAAAUAAUAAAAGAUAGAUGAAUUAGCUAAGUAGUUAUUUUAAUAUUUCUAGAACAGUAAAUCAAUACCAAAACUUUUUUGAGUAGGCCAAAACUCAAAUUGCAGACUUAUAGGAUACUCAACAACACUUACAUUCCCAAUUAUUUGAUAUCAAAUAGGAUAGAGAUAAUCUAAGAUGUAUAAAUCAAAUAAAAGAAAAAGAAAUAAAAAGUUUAUAAGAACAAGUGUUAGUUAAGAAUAAUAUUGGAGAUGUAUUAUUUAUUCAAAUUAAUGUAGACUUAAUAAUUGAAACAUGAACUCUAAGAAUAAUACAAUUAAAUUCUUGAAUUAAAGUUGGAAUUGCAAACAAUUAGAAAUCAAUUAGAAUACUCAGAAAUAGAGAGCCAAAAUUUAAAGCAUGAGUUGAAAACCAAGAAAAUUAAUUAAGUGGUCUAUAUUCAAAAUGAAUUCAACAACACACCAUUACAAAUUUAUAAUUAAUAACUUGAUUAAUUUGAAGAAGAAAGAAAAUAAUAUUUGAAACAAAUUCAAUAAUACUCGAUUUAUGGAGAGAAGAUAAGUAUAAAGAGAUCUAAUAUUAGAAAUUGAUAGUCAAAAGAGAAUAGAUAAAUUAUAAUCUAAUUUAAAUAAUAGUGAAGAGGAGAGACAACUAUUAUAAGAAAAAUUAAGGACAUUAGAAUAAAUGAUAGAAAUGUAUAAAUAAUAAGCCUAGGAGGAAAUAAAUCAUUAAAGAAUAUAUGAAGAAUAAAAAUUAUAAAAUGAUAGAGAAAUGAGAAUCAUUAUUGAAAAGAAAGAUAAGUUGAUAUCUGAUCAAGAAAAAGAAAUAAAAAGAUUAAAUUAAAGAGUAUCCCGUUAGUCUCCAGAAUUGAUCUUUUCUUCCAUUAAUGAUUAAUUCAAUGUUAAUGUGGAUGAUUUAGUGGAUUUAAAAGUUAAAUUGAUGCAAUAAGAAAAAAAUAUUAAAUCUUUAUAAAAUUAAAUUGAAAUUGAAUAAUAAGAAAAAAGGAAUAUCUAAGAAAAAAAAAAUGAGGAAUUAUCUAUUUUUAUAUAGGAAAAAUAAGAAUAUUAGAAAUCUAAAGAAUUAGCUUAAUAAUAGAAAUAAAAAUUAGAAGCAGAAAUUCAAUAAAAUAAAUCAUUAAGAGAUGAAAUAAUUAAAUUAUAAUCAGAGCUAACAUAAUUAAAGUGUAAAGAUGAAAUACAAAGAAAUGAAAUAUAUAGAUUAAGAUAGGAUAAUCUAAAUAAUAAAACAUCUAUUACUUAAGAGAAUAAAGUUUAAUCAGUUGUCAAAUAAUCAAUUAUUAAUAGUGAUUAAACUAUGUUUCAGGAAGUGAUUAAAUAUUAAAAUAUUAAUCUUAAAUAGUUAGAGAAAUUAAAUUAAGAAAUCCUAAACUUAAAACUUAUUAUAAAUAGAUAAGAGGAAGAAAUUAUAAAACUACAACAGAAAAUUAAUAAUAAUGAUACAGAUAAUGAUUAAGAUGAAUAAAAAAACAGUUAAAUAAUUCCAAUUGCAAAAAAAAUAGAAAGUAUGGAAUUUUUAUAAUUUAUUUAGAAAUUAGAUAUUAGUCUAAAAAACAAACAUAAAUGUUAGAUAAUUAUAGAAAAUUGAAAUUAGAAAGAAAUACUUUGGAUUUUUAAAUUGAAGAAUUUAAAUAAGAAAUAUAAAAAUUAAAAAAUUAAGUUUAAUUAGAAAAAACAUAAAAAGAAUUUAUACAGAAAAAUUUUAAUAAUUACAUAAAAGAAUUAUUAAACUUGGAAGAGUAACAUAAGAAAUAAAAGAUUGAAUAUGAAAAUAAAAUUAAAUAAAUUUAUUAAGAUAAAGAAUCAAAUAUUAUACCAAUAGAAUAAAUAGAUUAUUGUUAAUAGAAUAAAUAAUUACUUGAGAUGAAGGAAAAAGAUAAUAAUCUAAUUAAAUAAUUGAGUGAAUAAAUAAAAGUUUUAAAUUUGGGUUGUCAAGCACUUAAAGAUGAGAUUAAGUAAAAAGAUGGUCAGAUUUAGUAACUUUAAGUUAAUAUAAAUAAGUAUGAAUUAAAUUAAGAUAUUCUUCAAAUGAAAUUGUAAAUAGAAAAUGAUAAAAUUAUCAUAAAGACAUUAAAUGAAAAAAUUUAGAAUUUAACUUAAGAAUUAUAAAUGAAAGAAAAUGAGUUAUUAUCAUUUUAAGAAGAUAAAUUAAAUUGGGAAUAAUUAUAAGAAUUUUCAAGACAAAUUGCAAAUGAAAAUAGAUCUAAUUAAAAUAAUUAGGAAGAUAUUAAUGAUUUGAAAAAGAAUCUAAAAGGAUUAUAAAAAUAAUUAUCAGAAUAAACUUAAUAAUAUUAAAAUGCAAUUGCUGAAUUUGGAAAAGACUUUUAGUAGAUGAUAAUGUAACAAAGUUCUGAGAUUAAAUCAUUAGAAUAAGAAAACUAAGAAUUAGCUAAAGCUUUAGAAUAAUAUAAAUAACUCUAUUAAUAAGAAAAAAUAGAUAGUCAAAAUAGAUCAGACUUGACUAUAGAAGAAAUUGAAGAAAUUAAAUUAAGACUAGAAAAUGUUACUAAAGAAAGAGAUUAACUCUUUUUAAUAAAAGAUUUGAUUUAAGAGUAGGAGUAGUUUUUGAAAUAGAAAGAACAUGAAAUUAGAUCUUAGGAAAUGGAAUUAAAAGAGGAAUAAACUAAUUUUGCAAAAAAAAAAUAAGAAAUUAAAGAUGAUAUUUUGAUUUUAAAAAAUAAGGAAUUAUCAAUAUUUGGAUGUGAUUAUAUUUUAAGAAGAUAAUUGGAAAUUUAUAAAUAGAAAUUAAUAGAAGAAUAAGAGAAAGUUAAGGAAUUAAUGUCAAGAUCAAAUCAAUAUAUGGGAGAUUUUUAAGAGGGAAACUAGUAUGAUUUAUAUGAGAAAAAAAUGAUGGAAAACUAAUUGAAUGAUUUAAAAAAAUAAAUUGAAUAGAUGAGAGCUGAAUAAUUAAAACUUAGAAUGGAUUCGAAAAUAGAAAUAGAGGAAUAAUAUAAUUUUGAAGAAGAAAGAUUAUAAUAUUAAUAGUAAAUAAAAUAAUUGAUGCAUGUUAAAGAAAAUGUUACACUUGAAGAUGUUAGAUUAGUAAGAGAUAUAAUUUAAAAUGGAAAAUUAAUCUCUUAUUUAGAAAAAGCUAAAUAAAUACAUGAACUUUAAACUUCAACGCAACAUUGA